ACUGGGAACUGACUUCAGUCAUGGCAGACGCUUUGUCCUUCCUGGAAGAGGAUUUUACAUGUCUCAUCUGUUGUGAUGUCUUCACCGAUCCGGUCACUUUGAAAUGUAGCCACAGUUUGUGUGACAAGUGUCUUCAGCAUUUCUGGACGACUCAGGAUGUGCCACGGUGUCCGGUCUGUCGGAAGGAAUGCUCUCACGACGAACCCACCAAGAGCCUGGCGUUCAGAGCACUCUGUGAGUCCUUCAAGAAGAGGAAACCCUCCGCUGUUUCAGCAGACGUUUGUCCAGAACAUGAAGAAAAGUUCAAACUCUUCUGCUUUGUGGACAAGCAGCCAAUCUGUGUGGUCUGUUACACAUCAAAGAAGCACGAAGAUCACAAGUGUUCACCUGUCAACGAGGCUGCUGGGAAUUUAAAGGAGGAUCUCAAGACACGACUGAACAGAUUACAGGUGACACUCGGUGACCUCAAGAAAGCCCAUGAGAGCUGUGUUAAACAGGUUGAGAUCAGUAAGCUGAUUGGUCCUGGUAACGGGCUCAACCUCAACCUGGUGGCAUUUCCUCCUUUCUGA